UUUCUUGCAGUGGUGUGAUGAAAGAUUCAACUUCCAAGCUACGUUUUUACAAUGCUUGGCAAAACAUGUGCCAAAUAUUUACUCAGCUGAAAUGGAUCCCUUGCUGGAGAAACAAGAAGAAAUGGUCCAGGCAGCAAUAUUAUACCCCCUGGAAUGUUAUUUGUUCGGGGAAGACCCAGAUAUGUUCCUGGAGAAACUACAACAGAGUGGAACCUCCCAGCUCUGUGGGAAGGUGUUCAAAGGAGGGGAGACAACAUACUCUUGCAGGGACUGUGCAGUUGAUCCAACCUGUGUGCUUUGUAUGGACUGCUUCCAGAACAGCAUUCACAAGAACCACAGGUACAAGAUGCAUAGCUCCACUGGAGGUGGCUUUUGUGACUGUGGGGAUACAGAGGCAUGGAAGGCUGGACCGCUGUGUACUAAACAUGAGCCUGGAGCAUCAGGUUCUGCAAAAGAAAACUCUGAAUGUCAGCUGAAUGAAGAAAUUAUGGAGCACUCUAGGAGAGUGUUUCCCUCUGCGAUAAAAUACAUUGUAGAUAUGCUUAUAUGGGAAGAAGAGAAGGAACUGCCUCCAGAGCUCACAAUCAGCAGAGAGAAGGUAGACAGCUACUACUGUGUCCUUUUCAAUGAUGAACAUCAUUCUUAUGAUCAUGUCAUCUAUAGCCUGCAAAGGGCACUUGGCUGCGAACACGGUGAAGCCCAGUUGCAUACUACUGCCAUAGAUAAAGAGGGUCGUAGAGCUGUUAAGGCAGGACAUUAUACCUCUUGUCAGGAAGCCAAAGAAGAAAUUAAGAGGCAUUCUGAAAAUGUUUCUCAACGACCACUUCAUGUGGAGGUUCUGCACGCGGAUGUUAUGGCUCACCAGAAGUUUGCCUUGCGCCUUGGUUCCUGGCUGAACAAACUCAUGAGCUACUCAAGUGACUUCCGCCAGAUCUUUUGUCAAAUAUGUCUCAAAGAGGAAGCUGGAUCUGAAAACCCAUGUUUCAUAAGCAAGUUGAUGCUAUGGGAUGCAAAACUUCAUAAAGGGGCAAGGAAGGUUCUUCAUGAACUUAUCUUCAGUAGUUUUUUCAUGGAAAUGGAAUACAAAAAACUUUUUGCUGUGGAAUUUGUGAAGUAUUACAAGGCACUGCAAAAAGAAUACAUCAAUGAUGAUCACGAUAGAGCUCUCUCUGUGACAGCGCUCUCAGUUCAGAUGUUCACUGUACCCACUCUGGCCCGACAUCUUAUUGAAGAGCAAAAUGUAAUCACCACCAUUACAGAGACACUUCUAGAAGUGCUUCCAGAGUACUUAGACAAAAAUGAUAAGUUCAACUUCCAAGGUUACAGUCAAGACAAAUUGAACCGGGUAUAUGCAGUAAUAUACGACCUCAGGUACGUUUUAGGCGGCAAACCUACAUUGUGGACAGACCGUCUGAGGGAGCGGUUUUUAGAAGGAUUUGUUUCUUUCCUAAGGAUUCUAACUUGCAUGCAGGGAAUGGAGGAGAUAAAAAGACAGUUUGGUCAGCACAUUGAGGUGGACCCUGACUGGGAAGCAGCUAUUGCUAUACAGAUGCAGCUCAAGAACAUUCUUUUGAUGUUCCAGGAGUGGUGUGCCUCUGAUGAAGAGCUGUUGCUCAGGGCCUACAGAGAAUGUCAUAAAGCUGUAAUGAGGUGCAGCACAAGCAGCCGCUCACGGGAGAAGACAGUGUUUCACUUGUGUGGCCAUACUCUGGAGAGCAGACCUUACAGGGUGUCUGCAGACCCUGUCAGCAUACAUUUACCUCUGUCUAGGACCCUUGCUGGUCUUCAUGUACGAUUAAGCAAGACUGGAGCCAUCUCAAGAUUGCACGAGUUUGUUUCUCCCGAAGAAUUUCAAGUGGAGCUGCUAGUAGAAUAUCCUUUGCGAUGCCUUGUCUUGGUUGCUCAGGUUGCUGCAGAGAUGUGGAGAAGGAAUGGGCUCUCACUGAUAAGCCAGGUAUUCUAUUAUCAAGAUGUUAAAUGCAGAGAAGAGAUGUAUGACAAAGACAUCAUCAUGCUUCAGAUAGGUGCAUCUCUCAUGGAUCCAAACCAGUUCCUCCUGCUGAUACUGCAAAGAUACGAGCUUGCUGAUGCUUUCAAAAAACUCAAGCCCACCAAAGAUCAGGAUUUAAUCAAACAAUGUAACGUGUUAAUAGAAGAGAUGCUACAGAUUCUCAUCUAUGUUGUGGGGGAAAGAUAUGUGCCUGGACUGAGUAAUGUGACAAAAGAAGAUGUUACCAUGAGAGAAAUCAUCCAUCUAUUAUGUAUUGAACCAAUGGCUCACAGUGCAAUUACCGAGUCCUUGCCUGAAAAUGAGAACAAUGAAACUGGCUUGGAGAAUGUAAUUGAUAAAGUGGCUACAUUUAAGAAACCAGGUGUGUCUGGCCAUGGAGUUUAUGAACUGAAAGAUGAAUGCUUGAAGGAAUUCAAUAUGUUCUUUUAUCACUAUACUAAGACCCAGCACAGCAAGGCUGAACACACACAAAAGAAAAGGAGGAAACAAGAAAACAGAGAUGAAGCAUUGCUACCACCUCCUCCUCCAGACUUCAGUCCUGCUUUCAGCAACGUGGUGAGGAUUCUGAACUGUGAUGUUAUGAUGCACAUACUGCGGACCAUUCUUCAGAGAGCAGUAGAGCUGGAAACCCACUUGUGGACUGAAGCCAUGAUCCAAAUGGUGCUUCAUCUUCUUUCUUUAGGGUUACUAGAAGAGAAGCAGCAGCUACAGAAGCACCCAGAAGAAGAAGUAACCUUUGAUUUUUAUCACAAAGCAACAAGAAUGGGAAGCUCGGCCUUGAAUGCUGUGAACGUGUUAAUGCUUCUGGAAAAAUUAAAGAGAGUUCCUCAGUUAGAGGCACAGAAAGACACAGUCAGUUGGAUAUUGCAGAUGUUUGACACAGUGAAAAGACUGAGAGAAAAAUCUAGUUUGACAACAGUAGCAGCUACAUCAGGCUCAGAAGCUACAAAAGGUGAUGAGACACAGAGCACCCAGGAUCAAGAGAAGGCUGAGCGGAAGAGGAAGGCAGAAGCAGCUAGGUUGCACCGUCAGAAGAUUAUGGCCCAGAUGUCUGCACUGCAGAGGAAUUUCAUUGAAACCCAUAAGCUCCUCUAUGAAAACACCCUGGAGGCACAGGGGAAAGAAGAUGCUAUUAUGGAGGAAGAAAGCAUGUCUUCGGCAAUUGAUUACUCCAAAAUUGCUUUGGGUCCCAAACGAGGUCCAUCUGUUGCUGAGAAAGAAGUUCUGACCUGUAUUCUCUGUCAGGAGGAGCAGGAAGUAAAGUUGGAAAGUGCUGCCAUGGUAUUAUCUGUCUGUGUCCAGAAAUCAACUGCGUUAACUCAAAAUAGGAGCAGAAUUCUUGAACUCUCAGGGGAUACUGUAGAUCCUCUCUUCAUGCACCCGGACUUGCCUUGUGGGACCCACACAGGAAGCUGUGGGCAUGUAAUGCAUGCAGCCUGCUGGCAGAAGUACUUUGAAGCCAUGCAGCUGAACUUCCGACAACGUCUGCACGUUGAACAGAUAUUUGACUUGGAGAACGGAGAGUAUCUUUGUCCACUCUGCAAAUCUCUGUGCAAUACUGUGAUUCCUAUCAUUCCACUGCAGGCUCAAAAAAUAAACAGUGAGGAUGCAGAGGCCGUAGCUCAAAUUCUCUCCCUGGCUAGGUGGCUGGAGAUUAUCACAGCCAGGAUAUUGGGCUACAGUCUGAAAAAUGCUAAAGGAGAGAAACAAAAUCUUCCAGCUUUUGCCAACAAGGGCCCGGGGAACUCUGCUUUGGAAUUCCAUUCCAUUCUUAGUUUUGGAGUUCAGUCCUCAGCCAAAUACUCCAGCAGUAUCAAGGAGAUGCUUAUUCUCUUUGCCACCACCAUUUAUAGAGUUGGGCUAAAAGUUGCUCCAAAUGAAGCUGAUUACAGGAUUCCUAUGAUGACCUGGAGCACGUGUGCUUUUACCAUCCAGUGUAUAGAAAACCUCUUGGAAACGGAAGGCAAGCCUUUAUUUGGAUCUCUACAAAAUAGACAGCACAGUGGCCUUAAAGCAUUAGUGCAGUUUGCAGCUGCUCAGAGAACAACAUCCCCACAGGGCCUGAUUCAGAAACAUCUGGUUCGUCUUCUAGGAGUUCUUCUACCAGCCUUUAAAGUGGAAGACACUCCAUCCCUCUUAGAAGUAGAUAUGUUCCACGUUUUGGUGGGAGUUGUGUUAUCGUUUCCAUCUUUAUACUGGGAGGAUGCUGUAGACUUGCAACCUUCAUCAAUUAGUUCAGCCUAUAACCACCUCUACCUCUUCCAUCUGACAACCCUGGCACACAUCACACAAAUCGUCGUCUCUUCAGCAGCAGGUGGAGAAUCCCCUACUGCUCGAUCACCUGACAACAGCGAGGAGGCACGGUCUGCGCAGUCUUUCUGUAGGGAGGUUUGUCAGUACACCAGUGGUUGCUUCAGUCAGGAUAUUCCAGGCUGGUUUGUGUGGGAUUCUGUUAAAAAAGGCAUCAUGCCUUACCUUCGUUGCGCUGCUUUAUUUUUCCAUUAUUUGCUGGGAGUUUCUCCACCUGAGGAGCUACUACAAGCAGUUUCUGAAGAAGUGCAGUUCAAGGCACUUUGUAGUUACCUCUCUCUGCCUACCAAUUUGUUCUUGCUCUUCCAGGAAUAUUGGGACACAGUAAAUCCACUGCUCCAAAGGUGGUGUGCUGACCCGCUGGUGUUAAGUUGUUUGAAGGGGAAAAGCAGUGCAAUAAAAUAUCCUAGGAAAAGAAAUAGUUUAAUAGAGCUUCCUGAAGACUAUAGCUGCCUUCUGAACCAAGCCUCUCAGUUUAGAUGCCCGCGGUCUUCUGAUGAUGAACAGAAGCACCCAGUGCUGUGUUUAUUCUGUGGGGCUAUGCUGUGUUCCCAGAAUACUUGUUGUCAGGAACUGGUGAACGGGGAGGAGCUGGGAGCCUGUACUUCUCAUGCUCUUCAAUGUGGAGCUGGAGUCUGUAUGUUCCUCAAGAUCAGGGAAUGCAAAGUUGUCCUCAUUGAAGGUAAAACCAGGGGCUGCUUAUAUCCUGCUCCCUACUUGGAUGAAUAUGGAGAAACAGAUCCAGGUCUGAAAAGAGGCAACCCCCUGCACUUAUGUCGGGAGCGUUACCGGAAGCUGCAUCUGCUGUGGCAGCAGCACUGCAUCAUAGAGGAGAUUGCCAGGAGCCAGGAAACGAAUCAGAUCUUCUUGGGAUUCAACUGGCAACUGCUCUGAGUCUCUUGAUUUUAGUGAAAACUUUGACCUUUGGCAGUGCUUUGGAAAAGGAAAGGAGGGUGGCAGUAAAUUAUCUACUCUUGAGUGGAUUCUGUAGCUUGGACACGAUCGAUGGGUUCUCUAGGUUGGACAUAUGUAUUACUGACACGUUGAAACAAUCUCACAUCAUAUGUUCUGCUCUCUUUUUUUUUAAAUUUUAUUUCUUUUGUUCUUCCCCCAAAAGAGAGGAAAACAUUCAGCUCGAGGUUCAUUCAGCAUUCGGGUUCAAUUACUGAACAUUCAAGUCAAGAAGUGUUUCCACUUUUUCGUGAAGUUGCGAUUGCUUCAUGUGUUUUGACAGAUCCUGUGCUUCAGGGCACACACCACGUUGCUGUCCCUUCCAUGCCUUGAGAAUGUACCGAGAUGGUGUUACUGUGGAAAAGCCUCCUUUACUUUCUUCCUGGGUUCUUUUCCCAAGCUUAGUGAAGCUUUUAAGUAGGCCAAGAUUUGUGGCAUAACAUUGGAGUGGAAGUGGAGCCAGGCCUUUAGUAAUCCAUAGCAACAGGCACAGCAAACAUGAAGUUGUACAGAGCAGCCUGCAUUCAGCUACAUCCUGCCAUUUGAGGAAGAGCUUUCAUUAAUGAGCUCCUUAAAGAAGUGUGGGAUAGAAAGUGCAUGGGGGGAAUUACCAUCUUGCUUGUUGUAUCAAAAAAAUAAAGUCUGUGCUUUUUGCAUUGCCAGAACUGCACUUUAUCUAAUGAAUUUGUCCUCUAUUAAUGUUGUAUAUCCUCACAGGUCUAGAGCUACACCAUUUGCCUAGGUUGUGGUUAGUUUUACUUCUUUUACAGUGUUUCUUCUGAGAUUUUCCCCAAGAACUGAAUGUGACCAUACGGAUAGGUAGUUGUAGUGUUGCUCUGCAAAGGUGUGCAAGAGCCAGAGACUUCCGUAAAGUCAAAGACCUGCGAAGCUAUCGCUGGACUAAAAGCAAGGCCCAAAAGCAGCAAGUUUUAGAAUCAGAAAUCAGUUUUGUUUGCCCAUCCCUGAGGCAUUUUCCACUCUUCAUCUUCUGUCGCUCUUGUUUGGAGCCCUGUCUGCAGAAAGGAGAGGGUGUGUUCCGGGGGCACGCUCAGCCGUUUGGUGCCGGUGAGAGCAGAAAAGGGAAAGAAGGGGCUGAGUCUGUCUCUUGGCCCUUCAGUAGUUCAUAGCACGUCGUGGUCGGACUCUCUCUCAAUGGUGCGUGAUUGUGCUUCAGUUCUAAAUGUCUGCUGUUCUGUUUUCUAUAUUUUAACCAUAAUAUACACAAGAAAAUUUGUAACGUGAGGGGUAAAAAUGCUUUCCCAGGAAAUCCCAUUUCUGUGUGAAAGUUGGAAGUUGUCAGUACUCUAAAUUUCCCCACCCCUUCGCUAUUUGGAUUCUUUUGUGUCAUUUUAAUAAAGGUAGCAAGGGGAGGUUUUCAAAUUAAUGUCUGAGAGCGUGAUUUUGUAUGAUUUCUUCUUUAUUUUUUUGCUACUGAUUGUAUGAGAGGUAGUAGAAUCACAAAUAAUGAUUUAGCAUUAAAUAUCAUUGUUCCCUUCGUUUUAAAAAGUUUUUAGAGGACGUAUGAGUGCACUGAGCAGCACCAUAACUCAUCUGAAAAUGGAAUACCAAUGAACUCCAAUAUUGUUCUGAUUUCAAAUACCUUUUUCUAACUUGUGCUAUAAUCCUUCCCUGGUGAUAGAAAUAGUUGGCUCUGGUAUAUUUUUCAGGUAUUCUGUUUCUUGCAAUUAAGACCAUUCUCCUUAUUUUGAUUCUUUCCGAUUUUAAACCUGAAUAUGAAACUCUUUUAAAAGACAAACAUUAAUUCCCUAAAAUGUAUUUGAAACGCACACGGGAUUUCGAAGAGCAGUUGUCGUGGAAACUUGCACGCACUGGCCAUUUCUAAGGUCAUCGAAACACUAUUUACCAACAGAAAGCUUGGAUUAAGAGGAGCAAACGUCUGGCGCGUUGAUACCAAGACUGGAUUCACUUACUGUUUCUCUCUGAUAUUUACCUAUUCAGUUAUCAAAAACUUUCUGUUACUUUGCACUUCACUGAUCCAAAAAUUCCGUUACCGAAUCUGCAGUGAGAUCACUUUGUUUUGUUUUCUGCCUGAAUUGUAGUACACCAGGACAGGAGCUGGUCGGAGCAGGUGAGCUCACGUUUAAGGCUCUAGAAAUCUCUUUGUAGCUGAAGAAGUGGGAGAGGAAAGUGGCAUCUUUCUGUACGUUUGCACCUCCUGAUUUAGCAAAUGGGCUCCCGUAUCGUUCACGGACUGGCGUGGUCAUCUUUCAUUUCAUAAAUUCCUAUGCAGUUUUGUUCACUGUGAGUAUAAUCUGUAUUUAGUGACCGCAAGACGCUUACGCCACUGGUUUCUGUUUCCAUCCAAGCUGACAGAAGAAGUUCUUUGAUAAUGCACAUAUUGGUAUCUUUAAUUGCAAAAAUGUAAAUUUGAAACUUGUAUAAUGUUCUUGUGCUUUUGAAAUAAAAUAUCUUGUAUAUGUAUAUUUAAAAAAGGAAAUAAAGUAACUUCUCAUA